AUGUUCGACCUCAUCUCUUCCCCGCACAAGAGGCCCAGACGAAGCAUAGCACCAGCCAAAUAUACCUCUUCUGACUCUGGAUACCCUGUCUCAAGCCGCGUAUCUGGUCACAAGUUGCGUGUUCAACCAACAAACCCGAUUUCACGAGGCGGCGAUAAGACAGAUCUCCUUGUUUCCGUCUGUAUCCCAAAGCCAGGCCAAAAGGAAAGGCGAAACUUUAACCCUAACGGACGAAGAGAGCUACGCGAUUUCCUCAUCAAAGGCCAGCAUCUUAAGGCCGAGCUGAAGAAUUCCGACGAAUCCCUCUCCAUCAAUGACCUCCAAGCCUCUGGCAGCAACUGGGGCCGCCGCCAGCUGUUAGCCUGUCGGGUUAUCGUCACGCCGACCGCACACAAUGUGCUCCCCGCAUACGCGGAAUACACGCAAUGUGAUGAACGCUCCAAACUCCAAGAAAUACAGGAAAUCAAGGACUUUCUUGACGGACCUGAUCCAGCCUUGAUGCACCACAGCACUCACUUCCUGAUUUCCGAGUAUGGCUUUUCUCUUGGUGAGACGUGGGCUGCGUUGGCAUCCGUCAAGCGUUAUCCUCGUCCUCGUGUAAUUUCCAGCAAUCAAGGAACGCCAGAGGUAAAAAGAGUUCGGCGAAAUACAGCCCUUGAAGGAUACAUCAGCUCGGCCGGUUUCCAGAUUUCAUCCAGCGAUCCUGAAGAGCGCAAUAGUCCGUCAGCUGGCAGCGACGGAUCUGGCGGUCCUAGUUACACCGAACCAGAACCGAGCCCAGGGCUUCCCGCCGAAAACAGCACCGUUCAUCUCAUCGCACGGGUGUUCAACCACUUGCUAUACUACACGCAACCUCCAAAGUCGUCGCCUGUGGUUGACUUCCGUCAUAACCCUCAGCGCAUGAACUCUGAGAUGCGAGGAUUGAAGAAACAAUUUGUUGCCAUUGACGACGGCGGAUUGAGCCUGAAGCUCGACGAGGGUCCGGUUGCGGUUGCACUGCUCGAGGCCAAAAGACGUCUGGUUGUUGAUAAUGGUAGGCCUAAAAUCUCGGAUGAAUGUCUGGCGCAGAUGACUUGCGAGGCUAUUCUGGCCAGAGACAGACCUAACCUAGAACGACUGAAAGGCGAAAGAACGAUUAUCAUAAAUGCCACAAGCCACUACGUGUGCUUUUUGGAAUUUCAUCUGACAAAGACGUACAUCGAUGAUUUGAACCUCGGACAGAUUCCAUCUGAGCCACUUAAGGUUGUGGCAACCCACUGGUUUGAUCUAAGCGAUACCAAGGGAAGAAGGGGCGUGUUGGACAACAUCCGCGGCUUGGUAGGAAUGGCCCUGGAUCAUCAGCUGUGA